AUCCUACAUCCAGACAUCACAGCGCUAACUUACAUCUGGACACUUGUUACCAGUAAGCUUAUAUUUAGCAUAGUCAAACAAUGAUUUCAUCUUAUGGACCUGUCCAGCAAGCUCUACUCGGAACUUUGUUUACAUGGGGAUUGACUGCAGCUGGUGCUAGUCUUGUAUUUGUAUUCAAAUCUGGAAAACGAAAAGUUUUAGAUGGAAGCCUAGGAUUUGCUGCUGGGGUAAUGAUUGCGGCAUCAUACUGGUCAUUACUUGCUCCUGCAAUUGAAAUGGCAGUAUUAUCUGGUAAUUAUGGAAAAGAAGGCGAAUAUGCUUUUAUCCCUGUGGCGGUUGGAUUUGCUGCUGGUGCACUAUUUGUCUAUGCUGCGGAUAUUUUAAUGCCUUUCUUGGGCAAUCCAAUGGCUUCAAUAGCUGAAAAUCCAAAAAUAGAAGAUCUUCCGAUGUCUUAUGUUGAAGUAGAAUCUAAUGGUACUGACAAUAUGGAAAAGGAACCGAAAGAUAACAAACAGGGUACAACUCUGACACAAAGAAAAAAAUCUGAAGAGAACCAUACAAGCAAUGUUUCGAAAGAAACCCUAAUGUAUGAUACUGUGGAAACACAGAAGCAAGUUUCAUGGAAAAGAAUAUUAUUGUUAAUAAUAGCGAUAACUGUGCACAAUAUUCCAGAGGGACUUGCUGUUGGUGUAGGAUUUGGUGCUGUUGGAAAAUCUGCCUCUGCAACAUUUGAGAAUGCCAGAAAUCUUGCUAUAGGAAUAGGUAUUCAAAAUUUUCCUGAAGGACUUGCAGUCAGCUUGCCCUUACGUGGUGCUGGCAUGAGUGUUUGGAAAAGUUUUUGGUAUGGUCAAUUGAGCGGAAUGGUGGAACCAAUAGCAGGGGUUCUUGGUGCUUAUGCCGUAGUUGUAGCAGAACCUCUAUUACCCUAUGCACUAGCUUUUGCUGCGGGAGCGAUGAUAUACGUCGUAAAUGAUGAUAUUAUACCUGAAGCACAAACAGGUGGAAAUGGGAAGCUUGCAUCUUGGACAUCAAUUGUAGGUUUCAUUGUGAUGAUGUCACUAGAUGUUGGGCUUGGAUGAUGGGUCUGUCCGUGGUCACGAAGCUCAAGUCUAUCUAUCCAUUUUAGUGCAAUUUGUCACUAGGUCAUUUUGUUAGUGCAAUAUUCUUUCUAGAAGCAUCAUUAAUUAUGCUGGUCAUAGAAAUGUCACGGUGCAGAAUUAAAUAUAUAGGACCUACCUAGGUGGUUAUCAUGUAGAAGUCUUACGAAGCAAAAAAAACAACUUUGCAUUCUUAUUCAAAUCAUUUGUAGCUACAACUUCAUAUCUGCCAAAUAGUGCUUUUACAUUACACACUAACCCAAUGGAAAAGAAUUACUUGUUUGUAUUAAAAUAUAGCAAUUGAUUAUUGAUAUGUAUACAAGGUACAACAAUAUAUUUUUCUAAUGGG